UCCUGUGUUCGAAUGUCCAAAAUGGCUGACCGGAGACGCAAGCCCAGUCCGAGCUCACGUCUCCGGCAGGGCCAGGAGUAUUCUCGCGAUGACUUUUAUAAGGCCCUAUAUGCCAUCCGGUUUGAUCGCCAUACAAAAGGGAUCGCAUGUGCGGUUAAUAUCGACGGACAAAACAUCGACAAAACAACAAAUUCUACACUGUUAAUCACAUGGAGAGAGAUUGGGCAAAGUAAAGAUUGUUUCAUGGACCGCUUUUCAAGAAAGAACUUUGGAAAAUACCAUCUCCGACCCCUCAGCAUCUCAUCGAAUGGAUAUUUUUCUUUCAUUCGGGGGAUUCGCGAAAAAAGUAGUCUCUGUUGGGAUCUCGUGUGUCUUGAAAUGAAGUACUUGGAAUCAGGGGAACAAAAGACUAACUUCCAGGUUUUUACAAUUACAAAUAAACUUAUACCGUUGGAGCUAACGUACAAUGAAACAUCUGGAAAUCACGAACUUAACAUUGAUAAAAAUCUGUUCGAUCUAAAGUUGUGCGGAGCUCCAAUUAUUGCUGAGCAGAAAUAUUUUGUGGGAGUUUUAAGGAAGGAUCCGGAUGAUGCAGACAAAUUCAUUCCUUGCUUCAUAUUCAAAGGAGUAUUUGGUGAGUGACAUAAUAAUGGUAACAACUAGUAGUUACAAGUUAGUUAGUGGUCUUUAGUGGAAUAGUUGAGGUGAUCUGCUGGGUACGUACCCAGCGUGCAAAGAAAGUCGUGUAUGCAUAUGAUGGCCCAUUAUUAUCAUAGAAAAACUAACUGGACUAUUUAUUUAUGACUAGUAAUAGUUGACACUACAGCUGUCCCCGCUCUGUAUAUUGUCGGUCAAUAGCAUUCUUGCUCGUUGUGUAGCUCUUUGGAAUAUACCGAUUCAUAAUGAAGAUUUUCACACAUAUUCCAUACAAUACGUGAGAUAAAUACAGGAAACGCAAGAUUCCAUGCACAGUUUCAGUUCGAUUUACACAGCUUUGAUCAAAACAUUCCCAGUUUCGCGGAGAGAAUAGGUUAUUCUAAACCAUGAGAAAAGAUUUAAUUAGAAGUUGAAUUUUUCGCUAUUUCUCUUUCACUUUGCCGGAACGUAAGGCUUGGUUCAAACGUCGAACUUUACAUGUGCCGAACCUAAUUAUUGGGUUCGGUACGUGUAAAGUUCGACGAAUGUAUUUGGAUCGACUCUGCCGUUCUAUUCGACUGCGCUUGUCGAAUAGAACUUCGAUUCAUACGUCGAACUUCACAUGUGCCGAACCUAAUGCAUAAAUUUUCAAUAAAACCGCGCGUGUGAUUGGCUAUUUGGUGGGUUUUCGCGCCUUUGCGGACAGAACUCACAGAAGCGUAACGACGGUUACCAGCAUUCGCGUUGUAGAUUCUUAGACUGAAACUGGACAGCUUAAAACGGUCUUUUAAAAAGUUGCUUUUCUUUAUAUCCAUAAAGAAAUCGUUAUGUACUUUAAAAUUUAUGGCGUUACUUUGUUUAGUCCAAAUAUCACGAUCACGAUUUCCUCAGCUGUCUCCUUGCCAUAACAGAACACAAAUCACGCUAAAAUCAAAACAAGAAUAUCCAGGCUUGGUGACUUUUACUUUUUUCAGUAAAUUUUACUAUUUUAAGCAGAAAGGAUGAUAUUUCUUUUCGCCACGAAUUAGGUUCGGCACAUGUAGAGUUCGACCGUCUGAAUCAACAGUCGAACUAAAGGUAUCUGCUCCAGCAAAUUUUGCCCAUUUUGGCAUCAUUUUUAGUGGUUUAUACUUUAUGGUUAAAAUCUAUAUAUCACUACAUUGACAGCAUUCCUCAGUUCUUGAGGAACUAAAAUAUAUCAAAAUAAACUAUGCCAUGUCACCCAAAAGGUGUUUAUAAUUUAAUUACCCCCUAGGGUGGCACGGAAAAGAGAAAAAUUUCAGAAGAAUCCUUAGAGUUAUUGUUAAAAAAGAAAUGAAACACAAAUAAGGACGUAAGAUAGAAUAAUACUGUGUUCGACCACGACACAGCUCCAAUUAUUCCACCCUCUAGGGCACAAUUUGCUAUUUUGUAAUUUGAUCCACAUUUUGACAUCAAUAACUCAGCUGUACGGCGAUUCUAACCUUUGGUCGAACACAGAUCUCUUCAUUAACAUGCUCUUUGUGCAUUUGCCAGAUUUCAUGAAGAAAUAAGAAUCCAUUCCUCCAAAAAAACUGGUUCCCGUAAGUCAAAGUAAAUCGGUCACGCGGUAAAUAACGCUUUUCCAAUGUAAAAAAGCUUAUUUUUUUCUCAAAAUCAACUGUUUUUCCUCGAUACUACCAUCCUUCUAGGCCGCCAUUUUGAAUCACCGCUGUGUAAAAUGCUUGUGGAACCCUAAAAAAUGCCAGAUGACCUCUCUAUAGCCCCCUUGGAUUUUGAUACGUGACCAGUUGCUAGGUGUGACGCAUUUCCGGAAGAUGCGUUACUCAGUGUCAGUUUGAAUGCAACAAGGCGCGCCGACGUAUGAAUUUUAUUCAAAAUUGAA